AUGUCGGUAGUUUCAUCUCAUAAUUCGGGUACUAGUGAGGUUAGAAAAUUGUUAUCGCCAUAUGCAGCUCUGGAAGGCUUGUAUGUUUUACAUGACGAACUAGGUUCUGGUGGUUUUGGCAAAGUGCGUCUAGCAACACAUUUGCUAACUUCACAAAAAGUUGCCAUUAAGAUCAUCGAUAAGCUCAAAAUCAAGGAGGACUUACCUCGAAUAAGAACUGAGCUGGACGCGUUGACGCUAUUAUCACAUCAAAAUAUAUGCAGGCUGUAUCAGUGUAUUGACACGCCCUUGAAAUUCUUUAUUGUUAUGGAGUAUUGUAGUGGCGGUGAAAUGUUCGAUUACAUUGUUAAAAAGGAACGGUUGGAAGAAUCCGAAGCGCGUCACUUUUUUCGACAGCUUGUUCAAGCUAUUGCUUAUGUUCACAGCAUGGGAUUUGCCCAUAGAGAUUUAAAGCCUGAAAACCUGUUACUGACUGAGGAUUUGCAAUUGAAACUCAUUGAUUUUGGUCUUUGCGCUAAACCACCACUUGGAUUAUCUCAGUUUCUGCAUACGUGUUGUGGCUCGCCUGCCUAUGCUGCCCCUGAACUUAUUCAGGGAUUACCAUACAAAGGACAUCAAGUUGACAUAUGGUCGAUGGGUGUUCUACUAUACACACUACUUUGUGGCUGCUUACCAUUUGAAGAUGAUAAUGUCCAGAAAUUGUAUGCGAAGAUUGCGACAGGAAAAUAUUACGAACCGAACUAUGUGAGCCCUCUAAGUAGAGACUUGCUGAAGUCUUUGUUGCAAGUUGAUCCUGAGAAGCGCAUCACUAUUUCCAAACUGAUCGUCCAUCCGUGGAUCAAUAAAAAAUACACUCAGACACUGAAAUGGAAAUCUAUAUACGAUAAAAAUGUCGUCGAUGAAGAAGUGAUCAGAGAACUUGCUCUCCACUUUGGGCGAUCAUAUACUCAGAUGGAAACCCUUGUUAAGGAGUGGAAAUUUGACUAUCUAACUGCUACGUAUCGUUUGCUGUUGCAACAGAAAAGACGUGGAAUGAAUUUCGUCUUGCCAGUAUUGAAGCCUCGAGAUGGAAUGGCCAGUCCGCAGCAAAUUAUUUUGGGUUCCCAAACAAUACAUGCUUCACUAGAUGACGAUUUAAAUAAUUCUGGCUUGGACGAAAAUGAUUUAAUGGUAUCAGAAGCAGAUGGAGCUACAUCAAAGGCAAAUUGUACUGGGAAGCUAUUUGAGGGAGACAUUACCAUUUCUCCUGUAGCAACGCAACACGAAAAAAAUUUAUCUUAUGCAUAUGCAAUGUUGAAUAUGCCUUCUAUUCACUCGGGAAGCUCACCCAAGCAACGUGCUGCUUGUGGCAUUCGUCAGGAGAACGACUUUUCUAGUGCCCAAUCAAUUUAUGCUACGCCAGCACGACGUCGAAUGAAGCCUCAAUGUGGUGCUGGUUUUGAUUCGCGUCUUUACUACCAUACAGUCGACAAAGAAAAUUGGCAUCCAUCCACCACAAGAGCGCAUGAUCCGAUAAAGAUUUGCGAUGAACGUCCAAGAAGUAAUCUUUAUGGAACACCGUUGCGAGUCCCAACUUCUUAUGCACCUUUUGCGGAGAUGAGAUCACGAUCUGCGGAGCGCAAUGAAACUUCACCGUAUAUUCCAUGUACUCCCGUAUCGUGCACAGUACACACUCCACGAUCGUCAUCUAAGACACCGCGUCUUCGUCAACGAGUUUUUGCAUCACUGGAACGGCAAGCUGAUAAAAUGAUCAAUUUACUGACGCCGCGCAAAGUUAAAAAUAACCAACCCGAAAUGCUGAAGCAAACUAAGACAAUGGUUAAUGUGUCAAUUACAUCUUCCAAGAAUCCAGAUCGUGUACGUCGCGAACUAAUACGCGUUUUCGCUGAACAAAGCAUUGCAACGGAAAACCAUGGGUGGAAAAUAUCUGGUCGAAGAAAGGAUGAAUUCAAUCGGAUGAUGACCGUAGAAUUGGAGGUGGUUUGGAUUGAAAUGGGUAAUAAGGAGAGAUUAGUAGGUGUUAAGCGAAAACGUCUUAAUGGUGAUGCUUUCCUGUAUAAAAAAGUUUGUGAACAAGUCCUUCAGUUAGCCGGUUUGUAA